CGGUGGCCGACGUCGCGGGUCGACGAGGUACAUCACGCGAGGUACAAGCUGAGACACGUCGCGAUUGAGAUUUUCCUCACCGACCGCCGGUCCGUGUUCCUCGCGUUUCAAGACCGCCGCACGAUGCGCGAGGCCGCGGCGCGCGUCGCCGCGUGCAAGCCUGGCGCGGUCGUGAUGGACCGCCGGCGUAAGCUCGAGGCUGCGUCGCGAGCGCAAGAGCGUUGGCGACGAAGAGAGCUCUCGACGUUUGACUACCUGCAAGCGUUGAACACGCUCGCCGGGCGAACGAAGAAUGACCUCACGCAAUACCCGGUGUUCCCGUGGAUAUUGAGCGACUACACGUCCCCGGAGAUUGACUUGAACGACCCGAAGGUGUUUCGAGACCUCACGAAGCCGAUCGGCGCGCUGCACGCGCCGCGUCUGGAACAGUUCAUCGAGCGGUUUAAGCUCCUCGCGGAGGAUCCGGACCCGUCGACGCCGCCGUUUCACUACGGCUCGCACUACUCCUCGUCCGGGAUCGUGCUGUUCUUCCUCCUUCGCCUCGAGCCGUUCACCGGGUUGAACCGUAAGCUUCAAGGUGGGAGGUUCGAUCACGCCGAUAGGUUGUUCUCUUCCGUCGAUCGGUGCUGGCGCGCGUGUUUGGAGUCCACCGCGGAUGUGAAAGAGCUCAUCCCGGAGUUUUACUGCCUCCCGGAGUUUCUCGAAAACAACAGCGCGCACGACCUCGGGUCGCGCCAGGACGGCAACGCCGUCGGCGACGUCGAACUCCCGCCGUGGGCGAAAGGCAGCACCCACGAGUUCAUCCGCGUCAUGCGCGAGGCUCUCGAAAGCGAGACGGUAUCCGCGCGCGUCCACGAGUGGAUCGACCUCGUCUUCGGGUCGGCGCAACUCGGCGCGGAGGCGGUGAAGCGACACAACGUGUUUCACCAUCUCACGUACGAGGGCGCGGUGGAUUUAGACGCGAUCGCGGACGCGGAUCAGCGCGCGGCUGCGGAGGCGCAGAUCAUAAACUUUGGACAAACCCCGGCGCGGUUGUUCACGAAGCCCCACCCGCGUCGGCACUCGCCGCACGCGAUUCGCCUCGCAUCCGUGGUGUCCCCGCCGUUACCCGGGAGCGGGAAGCUGCAGCGACCGCAUCCGGAGCGAUCCCUCGCGCCGAUCGCGUUCCUGGCCGUCGAAGGCGACGCGAGCGGCGCCUUAGGAACCUCGCGCGUGGUGACGAUGUCCGCGGACCGCGUCGGGAGCGUCGGCAACGACGCGGGACCCUCUGCCGGCGGCGCCGACGGCGGAGGGUCCCCCGCGUACGCCGUCGUGUGCGACGGCGGCGGGGACCACCGCAGGAUCGCGCCGCCGUUCGCCGCCGCCGCCGACGCGGGGCCGCGGUGCUUCGCGACGAUCGCGUCGAACCGCGUGCUGCUCUCGUGCGGGCACUGGGACCACGGGCUGCGUCUGAUCGCCGUGGACGACGGCAGGGAGCUGCAGAUCGCGACCGGGCACAGGGACCUCGUGACGUGCCUCGCGACGACCGCGCCGGGGGGCGCGACGGGGGGACGGGCCGGGUCCAGGGACACGACGGUCGCGGUGUGGGAGGUCACGCCGCCGCCCGGGGGGUGGGGGGAUCCGAGGUCGAAACCGUCGCUGGCGAAGGGCGGCGGGUUAGGGCAUCAACCGAGGCGGAUACUCUUCGGGCACAACGACGCGGUGACGUGCGUCGCCGCGUCCGCGGAGCUCGACCUCGUCGCGUCCGGCGGCGCCGACGGGGCGGUGCUGCUUCACACGCUCCGAGAAGGGAGGCACUUGCGGACCGUGCGCGCCCCGCGGAAAAAGCUCCAAGGCGACGCCGGCCCCGGCGCCGCCGACGAUCACGCGGGAACGCCGGGCUGCCACGGGAUCAACGCGCCGUGCAGCGCCGCGCCGCUGGCGACGGCGUCGGCGUCGGAGCGGUUACACGCCUUCGCCGUCACGUCGGACGCGAGGUUUCUUCUCACCGGCGGCGAGAAGGGGAUCGUCGUCGUUCGCAUGGUGCACGAUUUGUCCAUAUGGGCAAAGUACGACGGGCCCGGGCCGGGGAUGACCGCGUUGUGCGUUACUCCCGAGGAGUGCAUCGUGGGGGGGAUGGCGGACGGGAGGAUCGCGGUGUGG